GCUACGUGCUGCAGUAUUUACUCAUCAUGCUCGCAGUGACCAUUGCGCUCUUGGUGGUGGUGCAAUAUCGCAAGCGCCGUGCGCGCGCCGAUGCCAACGACGACCCGGAGAUGCUUCGCGCCACGUGCACGAGCUCCGUUUUGUACGAACACGACCCGCUCCAGCUCGUGACGCCAUGGCUGCCGCAUGACAAAGACGCUUGCGACGCCGACGGCCGGUCGCACGAUGGGUCGCGCGUGUGA